AAGAAAUGGUAAGAAAUUUCUUAUACACUUUAUUGUUAACAUUGUUUAUCCUUGCAGAUUGCAGACAUAAAAUCACACACUGUAAGAAAAAAGCAUAUAAAAAAUUAGUAAUAUUCUUAGAAGCACCUGGGGAUAGAAUUGACAUUGCUGUGCAAACGGAGGAUACAUGCAUAGAUUUACACAAGACUGACGAUGUACAAAACACACAUAUUACAUCCAACUGCGAAAGAGAAGCAGUGUUGCCUACUGUGAAUUCUACCAGUUUUUAUGAAAAUGUUAUGAAAGAUUCGGACGAUGACACCAAUGUGCAAAUACUACAAGAAAAAGAAUCUGAUGACGCUGAUCAAAAAACUGAGGAUCAGAUUGAUUCUCAAAUGGGGAUCAGACCUCAAACUGAGGAUCAAACUGAGGAUCAAAUGAUGGAUGAUAUUAAAGAUGAUAUUAAAGAUGAUAUUAAAGAUGAUAUUAAAGAAGAUGAGGAUGAUAAUUCACAAGAUUCCUUAUUGCAACAUAUGGAAGAUAUGUUUUGUGAAAGUGAUGACAGCAGUGAUCUUACAAAAUUAAUUGAGAAACAUUCUGGUGUUACUAAAGCUAAUAUUGAUAAAGAAAUCAAUAAGAUAUGUUUAGAAGCAGAUCUCAUGGGCACAAAUCUUUGUGGAGUAUCACAGAAUAACAAUAUAUCGAAACCUACUAUAGCAAAAAGAAAUACGAGCCAAGGAAAAGUUAGUUUUAGUCGCUAUAAAGAAAUGCAAAAUAGAAAGGCCAAUCUGAAAGGUAUCAAUGGAAACGAAACCAUAGAAAAUAAAGAAAAACAAAAAGCAAAUGCUAUCUGGUUCGUGGAUCGUGUGCACUACGUCACGAAAUUGAAAUCUAUAAUGAUUGAAUUAUCGCUAACGAAUUAUCGAAAGCACGGGAGAAUAAAAGAAAAGUUUACUCAAUUGUUCGGGGAAUCUGAGGAAGAAGAAAUGAUGCCAGACUCGCCGAUCUGCAUAGAGGAUCAUUUACCAGCUUGUAAACAAAGAAUAUCACGCUGGGCUGUACAAUAUUUAAUGCCGUUCUACAAAAAGAGAAGAAUCAAAAAUCGGGAGCUUUUUAAAGAUGUGGCAAGAUAUAUUACGGAUAUGCUAAUUAUAGAAGACACAUUUCCAGAACAAGAAUAUGUGAUCCAAUAUAUAGAACGUUAUUUCAAGAACAAGAAAUUUAUCAAGACCAAACAGGAUAUAUACUUAUAAACAAUUGUGCAGCAUUAUCAAUUCUAUUAUGCAAUAAAACAUAGAAAUUGCAUCCUGACAUAAAUAAUUUUCUUCUUACAUAAGUUUGUGAGAUCUUUCAUUCAUUGAAUCUGAAGGAAUUCUAUGUAAUGACUUAGGAAGAUGUUAUAUAAAUUCUGCAAAAAUUGAAAUUUAAAAGACAUCUUAUUUUAUAGAUGUGUACAUUGUUAUCGUAAUAGUUAUUAUGAUUUUUGUAUAUAUAAUAUAUUUUUUUUUAUAAAGCAAAUAUUAAUUUUUUAACUUUAUAUUCUGUCUUCUUGAGAACGAAUAAAUGUGACUAUUGUUAAUUAUAUAAAAAAUUUUAUUCUAUACUUUUAAGCAAGAAUAUUAAUAAUUUUGAUAUUUCAAAUAAUUUUGACAAUAAAGUAAAUCGACGAUAAAGGAUCAAUAACAAUCUAAAUCGCAGCAAUCCGUACCGCGUAAAUAUGUAAACACAGUUAUGUAAAUAUGUUUGUUUCAUUUCUGUAACUGGUAUCCGCAUACUUCUUAUAAUACAAAAUAUUAAAAAGAAUCCAAAUUGAAACGUUCGACAUAUGUUCCUAUUUCGAAUCCAAAUACUUUACGUACAAUUUGUGGACAACUGCGAUUUAGGUUCUCAUUUGCUCUUUAUCAUUGAUAUAUUGAUAAAUUUGAAACUUAUUUCUCCGCGGAAAAUUAUUUUUCUCCAAUUGUAAUAUCGAUAUUUAUAUAACUUAUAUACAAAAAUAUUGCUUUUGUCACACAUAUAACUAUUCGCGUAUUAUAUUCCAUCUAACAGA